AUGACCAGGGUGGUAGAAGCGCACGAUGCCGAGCAGGACGAGCGAUAUUCGGAAGACCGCGAGGGGUAUUUGAACGAUGACGAGCGGUACUCGGAUGAUGGCGAACGGUAUUCGGACGAUAAUGAGCGAUAUUCAGAUAAUGACGACUUUGUGAAGGAACUAGAAGAGCAGCUUAGUGAAGCCAAGAUGACAAUCAUUGCGCUGACCGAACAGCUGAGAAUGAUCAAGAAGAGUGGACAAAAGGUGGAGUGGGAGCUUAUGGAGGCUCGUGUUAGAACACCUGAACUCAUGGUUGAGCUCGCAGUCUCGCAAGAACGGCUCAAAGCUGCUGAGGAAAGCAAAUCUCGACUUGAGAAGCAAUUAGCCGAGGCACAAAUUAGAAUAGCCGAUGACAUACCGCGGCUUGAGCGAGAGCUUGCCAUUGCGUUAGAGCAACUCAAGGCAUCUCAUGACAAACUUGAGGCUGAAAAGCAAAAACACUCGCUUCAACUCGAGAAUAUUGAACUACAUCUUAAAUCGAUGGAGGAAAGAUUUGAACUCCAACAGCGCGUAGAAGGUGUAUCCAAGCAAUCAUACAAGCGAGAAACCGAAAAUUGGUUAGCACCUUCUAGCCAACUGUUCUUGGCUCCUGUAAUGAUCAUACCGGACACUCUUAAUGAACUUACCUGUGUCACUUUUGUUACUGGAUCAUCAAAAGAAGUUAUUGAUGAAAGGGUUCGAAAAUUAAGAGGUCAAAUAGUUCCUGGUGCAAGAGCAAUACCCGUCGAAUCUGAGGAAGAAGCAGACAGUAUUAAGCAAUCCAUUGUGGAUCGGGGAAAUGCACUCACAAAGCGCAAGUGCUUCAGUAAUCCGAAAUUGUGUGUUGAUGUCGAAUUUCAUAACGAGCCCAACAAACUUUGUACGCGGCAUAGUGGGGAUGAAGUAACUACGCGCGAAGAAUUCUUGCAACUGUUUAAGGCCCCAUUUGCCUCUUUUGGUGAAACUGUUGAUCAUAAUCCACAACCGAUCGGAACGCAUAUGGAUAAUAGUGUCGGAAAGGAAGUGUCGCCUCUGAAAAUGACUGUUUUGAAUAAAAAAGCUGUCAAAAAGCUGACACCCCCGGCAAGUCCGACGUCGGAAGAUGAUAGUGCUGAUGAAGUAAGACAAGAAAUAGGAAGGCGUCUGCCUAUAAAAGGAUCAAACGGUAGGAUCUCUAGACACUUUGGAUAUACUUUGUCCCGCUGA